GUGGAGAGGAAGUUAGCUGUUUCACAGCGGCGCAUGUACACAAGUUCUGAUAGAGACAUGCCCUUGAAUCCUUGGUAGCACUGCUUUUGUGACUAGUACCAUUACAUUAUUUAGCUUAUCACCUUCAAAGUGUAUUAGGUAAGCCGUAACAACCACCACCAAACCACAAUGGGGUUUCUACUGUCUAAAUCCAUGGAUGCAAACUUGAAAAAGCAGCAAGAAUUCAUGCUCCACAAUUCACGGCUGCAGAUGGAGCGUCAGAUCCUGAUGCAGAACCAAAUGAGGGAGAGACAGAUGGCUAUGCAGAUUGCCUGGUCCAGGGAGUUUCUCAAAUACUUCGGCACUUUCUUUUCAGUGGCUACAGUGGGACUUACUGUAGGGGCCGUUAAAAGAAAGAAACCGGUCCUGUUGGCUCCCAUCAUUCCUCUUGGCUUCAUAUUUGCCUACCAGAUGGACAGCGCCUAUGGGACACUUAUUUAUCGAAUGAGAGGGGAGGCUGAGAGUAUAAUGGCGUCUGAACAUGACCGUCUGGACUUGCCUCUUGGGACUCCAACCUUCGAUAGUAUAGAGAAGGCCCGCCGCGCUAAAAACAGCCUUGCCUCCUUCUUGGAGAAGUGACGUGUUGGUUAUUUGAGAGAGAAUCAGAAUCGUCCAGUCAGUGCAUUCACCCAUGCUGCUUUCACACAAUUAUGAAAAAACAGUCAAUUACCAUUUGCCUUUUUCAAGUUAUUGAGUCUGUGGUUUGCACUAAUUCUUUAUCAUGGACCUCACAUCAAAUUAGUCUCAAUAUAGAUAAAUAUAAAGAUAAUGAUGAUGAUGAUGAUGGUGCUGUUCUUGUGGUUAUUGUUGUUAGAAGUGCAUCAGCGGCCAAACUAUGAAUGAGAUACAUAAUAAAGCAGAUAAGCUGAUGCAGAAUUCCAGUCCAAAUACUUAGUUAGUAAUACAGUGCUGUGGUAUAUCAUGAGUAUAUGCAUCAGUUACUGUAUGUUCAAACAUUUAUACCAUAUACCGGAUACCAUGUUACACAUCAUUACUCAUCACUGUUCAUCAUAUUCUUUCUUCUAAAGCUGCAUCAAGUAAUUUAUGACAACUGGAGGGCAGAGAAACACACAAACAACAAACAGUAACAUAAGCCUUAAAAAGUCUGAUGCAGUGGAAACCGCUUAUAGUGAUCACACUUGUCUGUCAAAUCGAUCACUGUGAGCAGAUAAUUAUUAUAACCAAUGCAAACCUUUGCAUUACACACACUUACAUGUAGUAAAAUUAUGUUGAUAUAAGCAGCUGAUUACUGUGUUAUAAUAUAAUAAUUAAUAGUUAAUGUUUCGGGGCAAGUAACUGCUUCACUUGCUUGUCACAGCUUUUUUGCUCGAACAGAUUGGAUAAUCAAAGAAGCUAGAGUGCGAAUCAAAAUGGUAAUAUCAAAAAUAUUACCUAAUGGAGCUUUAAUUGUAAAGAUUCUCAGUACAGCAGAGAUUUGUCCUGACAACAUGAGAGAUUGCCAGUACUCCAAACUAUGUUACUAAAACUUUUGCUCAUAAUAACUAAAAGAGACGGUUUAACUUGCCACAAUUGAGGUUCAUGCCAAAGCCAUAGUUAGCAUUUGUGCACCUGUAACUUUUAAUAUUUAUCAUCAUGUUCAUAAUAAAUGGAUGUAAAAUAUUACAAGGUGCUAAUAUUUAUGCGUUAUGUAUUUAGAAUAAUUUUAUCUCAUGUUUGACAUCAUUGAAACUAUAUUUGUGAAUUCAAUAAAAAGAA